GGCUGCCCGGGGCCGCUCCGGGGCCGCCGCAGGGCUGCGCGGGCGCGGGCGCCGCUCUCGAGCGGCGCCUCCGCGAGCUGUUCGGCGCCUGCGAGGCUCGCGGCGACGCCUCGGCGGCAGUCGGCACGGCCCGGGCGGGCGACCUCGCGGCGGCGCUGCGCGGCCACGCCGACGUGGAGUGCGUCGUGCAGCCCGGCGGCGAGGUGGUGUGGGCGGAUGGCUCGCGGCACGACUGCGGCCGCCUGCUGGCCGAUGGGUCGGCGUCGGACGGCGAUGCCCGCGUCACCUGGGAGGAGUUCCGGGGCCUCUUCUUCGCCGAUCCAGCGCGCCAGGCUCGAUGUCCUGGCGGCCUCGAUGGCGACCCCUGGCUGAGCAGUGCCCCGAGGACGAGGGGGGCCGUUCGCCUCAGGGCAUACUGCCGCCUGUCGGUGCAGAGGCCUCGCACCCUCAUGUGUGCCUACACGACAGUCCUGCUCAUCUUGCUGGUGGCGCUUCGACGCGAGGUGGACAUCGAAAGCGACUUCUCGUCGUUCAUCCGCGCAGACGGUGACGCCCUGAGGAGGAUGGACGCCUUCUCGCUCGCCCUGGAGAACAGGGAGCAGAACAGCCGGAGGCUGUCUGGCAGGAGCUUGGCGACCCUGAUAUCGGAGAGGCAUUUGGCCCUGUACUACGAGCCGCUGGACGGAGACAUGCUCGACUCCCGGGCGCUCCGUGAGGUGAAGGAUUUCGAGGACCGCUUGACGAUGCUGCCGGGCUGGAGGGACCUGUGCGAGUCGAGAGUGCCCGAACACCACAGGUGGGGCUGCACCCGCGGCGAGUCCUUCGCGGACUACGCGGCCUCGGAGGUCGCCCUGCCGGACGGCCCUGGCGCGCAGUGGUUCGACUUGCUGCCGGGGGGCCAGGGCGCCGACAUGCUCCCGGCCGCGGCAGUGAUGGCCAUGAUGGACCACUGGACCUGCCAGCCGCGGUCCUCGUCCGCCUGCGAGACCAACCUCCUUGACCUGCACAGGCUCCUGCCCUCGGGCUUUGAGUCCCCGCCGGCGGGCUCGCCCCCGCCAGCCGCGCGGGCGCUGAAGUCGACAUUCUACUUUAGGUUGCAGAUCAACAAGUGGGACGACGGGACGACGGCGGGCAGCGUCACGGCGGAGUACGACAGGCUCCUCGCGGACGAGAUCUACCCGUUCCUCACGGGGCCUCCCUGUCGCGCGCCCGCGUCUUCUACGACGGGGACCUCGUGCAGGCCCACGAGGUGGGCCUGA